AUGAGCUACCUGGAUGAAGUUCCCUUCCGGACGGCCAGGAGCCUCGACGGGGACGCGGCGGAAGAAAACACUUUAAUCACCGCCCCAGCCAUCGACCUCCCUGACUGUGCCGACAUCCUCAUGAGCACCAUGCACGACUUCUCACUGGAAAGAAAAGUGCUGUACUGGGUCGAGGUGGCCUCUCAGCAGCAAACCUCCCGGCAGCGGCGGGUCCCCUCCGAAGUCGUCCCCACGGCUCCGCCGUGCUGGCUGCUGCUGGUGGACUCCAGUGACGGCUACAGUGGGAGAGCACGGGAUGGGGCGGUGCGGCGCUGCAUCAGCCUGAGCGCUGCUGACGGUGGCUACGGGCACGCCAAGGGCAGAGCUGCCUUGUCCGACACCGAGAGCGAGACCUGGCACUCGGAAGAGGACGAGUAUUCGGAGGACGAUGAGUACUCCUCGACCUCUUGGGAAGAGAACAACAAGGAUGAGAAGGUUUCCCGGAGGAGAAACACUGGGAGAG